AUGUCGUUCAGCUCACUAUACAAAGUUCUGUUCAAGAGAAACUCCAUUUUCGUUGGUACUAUCUUAGCAUCUGCAUUUGUAUUCCAAGGUGCUUUUGACACCGCUGUCACAUCCUGGUAUGAGAACCACAACAAGGGUAAAUUAUGGAAGGACGUUAAGGCACAGAUAGGCGCUGCUGGUGGCGAUGAGGAGGACGAUGAUGAUGAGUAG